AGUUGGUCGAAAUGGACGCCAUUUUUUGGCAAUAGUUUUGUUUCAAUGAUUUGUUUUGUUUAUGAAAAAAGGAUUUAAUUGUGAUUUAAAGCCAUAAAACAACUGAUCCAACCAUUGACUGGUCGUCGGCUUUGAAUGAAUGAUUCAAUGAGUGGUUAUAAGAGAGAGUACGACAACAAAGACAACAACAGUCACGACAAUUACAAUACACAUGGAUCGGAUCGGAAACGGAAGCGCAAGAGUCGAUGGGGUGGAGACGAUAGCGAUAAGGUGUUCAUCCCUGGGAUGCCGACAAUGUUGCCGAACAAUCUGUCCAAAGAACAGGAACAGAUAUACCUCCUUCAAGUAGAGAUCGAAGCGAUUAGCCGUCAAUUACUUUCCGGUGAUCUCGGAAUACCUGCCAAUCCUGAAGAAAGAUCUCCCUCUCCAGAGCCUAUCUAUAAUAAUGAGGGCAAACGUCUCAAUACAAGAGAGUUUAGAACCCGAAAGAAAUUAGAGGACAAAAGACAUGAAUCCAUUCAAACUAUGUUUGCACUCAAUCCGGGAUACAAACCGCCCGCAGAUUACAAGCCUCCACAACUGAAGAUCAGCGAAAAGGUUCUCAUCCCUCAGGAGGAGUAUCCGGACAUCAAUUUCGUCGGUUUACUCAUCGGUCCGCGAGGAAACACUUUGAAGGCCAUGGAAAAAGAUACCGGCGCUAAGAUUAUAAUCAGAGGCAAGGGAUCCGUCAAAGAGGGAAAGAUUGGCCGUAAAGAUGGCCAACCGAUGCCCGGAGAGGACGAACCGUUGCACGCAUUCAUAACUGGUUUGACUCACGACUCGGUGGUUAAAGCCGUACAGAAAAUCAAAGAAGUGAUCCGUCAGGGCGUCGAAGUGCCUGAGAAUCAGAACGAUUUGCGAAGAAUGCAAUUACGAGAGUUGGCUCUAUUGAACGGCACUCUCCGCGAGAGCGAUGGUCCGCGUUGUGCCAAUUGCGGCCUCACGUCCCACCGCUCGUGGCAGUGCCCGGACAAGCCUAACGUGACGAACAACGUUGUGUGCACUAACUGUAAUGGCGUCGGACAUAUCGCCAGGGAUUGCAAGGAGAAGAAGACGCCCACCGGACCCGUCAAUCAGUCCAAGAUUGAUGAGGAAUACAUGUCACUCAUGGCUGAGUUGGGCGAAGGCCCGCCCCCUCCCAAGACCACCACUUCGUCGUCGUUUACGGCCGGAAUGGGGCCCACCAUUGGUAUGACUCAAUCAGCGCCCAAAGCUAUAGCGAUGGCACCGCCGCCGCCUCCGUCGAUGUCAAUGCCCAAUAUGUCGCCGACCUCUACAGCGCCCACACCUUUGCUGCCGACGCCCACUAUGGGUCAGCCCAACUCGUGGUCUGCGCCCACAUCUAUGAACUCGUGGCAAACGUCGCAAACCCCUUAUGGCGUUAACAAUAAUUCCAGCGGCUAUUCAAUGGGCGACUCUUACCCAUCAAACAACAUGUACUCGCCUUCGGCCACAUCGCCAAUGGGUUGGUCUCAAAACCAAUGGAAUUCAAUGGCUCCGCCGGUGGCUCCGGUGCCGCCACCGCCGCCUCCAUCGCAGGCGUCAAACGGCAACCCAUGGAAUAUGUAUCCCCCGCCUCCGCCCCCGCCCUCAAUGGCUUCUCACCAACAAAUGUCAAACAUGAUGGUCCCGCCGCCGCCACCCCCUCCCCCUCCUCCCCCACCGCCGCCGCCGCCCAUGUAA